AUGUGUGAAGAAACACAGAAUUAUCUAUGGGCUACACAGGAUAUACUUGGUCAUGGUGCUACAUCUCAAGUAUACAAAGCUUAUAAUAAAUCAACAGGAGAAUUAGUUGCUGCUAAAGUUUAUCAAGUAUCAUCAAAUCUACGUUCACCCUAUGGUGGACAUCAAAAUUAUGCUCGUGAAAAAGAUUUCCGUCCAAUCUUAGAUCGUGAAAUGGAUAUACUUAAGGCAGCUGAUCAUGAAAAUAUUGUUCGUUAUAUUGCAUUGGAACCAGUUGUUCAAUCAGAUGCAACACAUUCACUAGGCAAUCGAGAAGCUUUAUUAAUUGAAUAUUGUAAUGGUGGAAGUUUACAUAAUGUUCUUGAAUUACCUGAAAAUCGUUAUGGUCUGAUGGAAGAUGAUUUUAUGUUAGUUUUUAAACAUCUUACCAAUGCAUUAAAAUAUUUACAUGAUAAAAAUACCAUUCAUCGUGAUAUUAAGCCAGAUAAUAUAAUGCUUUCAGUUAAUAUCAAUGGUGAACGUACAUAUAAAUUAGCUGAUUUAGGUGUUGCUCGUCUUAUAAAUGAAGGUGAAAAUGCGUUUACUUCAUUAGUUGGUACUGAAGAAUAUAUUCAUCCUGAUUUAUAUCGAGCUGCUGUACGUGAUAAUAAAACAAAUGUUUUACGAACAGCUUUACAAACUCGUGUUGAUUUUCCGUUCGAAGUUGAUCUAUGGUCGCUUGGUGUAACACUUUAUCAAUGUGCAACUGGUGAACUUCCAUUUCAACCAUUUGCUGGUACACGUAAAGAUCGAACAGUUAUGAAACGUAUUCUAGAUUCAAAACCAUCUGGUUGUAUUUCCGGUAUGGAAACUACACCAGGUGGAGAAAUUCAAUGGUCAAAAACAUUACCAGAUUCAUGUCGUUUAUCAUCCAGUCUUAAAUAUCGAUUAGAACUUUUAUUACAACGUUUAUUAGAAUCCGAAAGAAAUAAGUUAAUGACAUUUAGAGAAUUUUUUAUUGAAACUGAUCGUAUUCUUAAUCUAAUGCCAAUUUAUUAUUUAAAUUUAAAACUUUUUAAAUUAUCAUGUGGUUAUUUCGAACCAACACAAUCAAUCACAAAAUUAUAUGAUGAAUUACAUCAAUUAAAUGGCGAUGAAAAUAAUGAAGAAUAUUAUUGUUUAUUUCAAAAUGUACCAUAUCCGAUACCAAAAAAUAAGCCAAUGUCAAUAAAAAUAUUUUGUGAACAAUUACCAAUUCCAACAUCACGUGAAACUCCACUUGUUUUUUAUACAUUUUCAGCAUUAAAACAUGGUGAUACAUAUUCACCAAAAGUUCAUAUACCUGAUGUUAAAGCUAUUCGACAAUAUAAUGAUGUUGCUGCUGCAUGUGAAUGGAGUAAAGAUAUCGUUGGAUUAUUUUUUUAUGUUAAAACACAAUUAAUUGAAUAUCAACAUAUUUUACAAACAGCACAAUGUUCAACAACCAUCAUGCAACAACAUUUAAAAUCGAAAUUAUUAGAAUUUCUCUGUACAAUUCAUUCCAAACUUAUUGUUUUUCGUGCUAUUGAAGAAUUAAAAAAUAUUCUCGAUCAAAUUGAUAAUAGUACAAAUGGACAAUUAACACCAACAAAUGGUAAUUCAGUCAGUUUUAAUGGUUUAACUGGACCUCCGCAAAGAGCCCUAUCAACAAAUAGUGGUGAAGCACCAUCAAUUGGCUUUUCACAUUUGUUAAAUAAUCCACCAUCGAAUGAUGGUAGUUUAUCACCAGGAUCAACACGUCGUCAAUCAACUUCAUCUCCAAUGCUACUUAUUCAACAAAGUAUUCGCAUUUAUCUUCGAGCAUAUCUUCAACCAUAUGAACAAUUAAAGAAAUGUCAAAAAGAUAUAUUAGAAAUGAUUGAAAAGGAAUUUGGUGGUCAAUUAGGUAUGGUUGAAGAUCAAAAACCAUUUGUUAAUACACUUUGGUCAUCACAUCGUACUAAAACUUAUUCAUCAUGGAUUCAUCGUACAGAUAAACUUCUCAAAGAUUUAAAUGAUCUCCAUGAAAGCUUUCGUAAGGAUCGUUUAUUAAGUACAUAUAAUCGUUUACAAAGUGAUUCACAUUUUCGUCGUCGAAAAAAUCUCGAACAAUUACAGGAUAAAUUUGUUCAUUUUGCUACUGAUGAAUGUUAUCCAAAUCUUGUUCAAAUUUUUCAUGAUUAUAAUGAAUGGAUAAAACAACGUUCAAAUAUGAUUCAUGAUUUUGAACCAAAAAGAGUAACAGCAGCAAAAGAUCGGCCUGGUGCUGAAAAAGUAAUUUGUGAUGUAAGUGAAAUACCAAAUCCCAAUUAA